AUGCUUAGAUCGGUUUAUUUGAGCAGGAAUACAAAAUCAGUGUUUACUUUAUCCAAACUAGCAAAGGGUUCCCUCUUGAGGAGAUCCAAUCUAACUUCUACAUUUUCUAGAAGUAACUUCUGUCAACACAGAACUAUUAUUACUGGAACUGACACCUUUUUAGCCACUUCUAAUGCCCAGUACAUAGAUGAGAUGUACGAAGCAUGGCAAAAAGACCCAUCAUCAGUACAUGUUUCUUGGAAUGCUUACUUUAGUAAUUUAAAGAAGUUAGGAGAUAAUAUUCCAACCUCUAGAGCUUUUCAGGCUCCUCCAUUGUUGGUACAUGGUCCUCAAGGCACAGAAACUUCAGCUUUUGGUGCUGGAUUAGCUAGUAACGUUGACGAAAAUGUUAUUUUUCAUUUAAAGGCUCAACUUUUAUGCAGAGCAUAUCAAGUAAGAGGCCAUCUUAAAGCACAUAUUGAUCCGUUAAAAAUUUCCUUUGGUGAUGAUAAAUUCAAACCUACUCCACCAGAAUUAACGAUCGAAUAUUAUGGUUUUACUGAAAAAGACUUAGACAGGGAAAUCAAUUUAGGCCCAGGUAUUUUACCAAGAUUCGCAAGAGAAGGUAGACAAGCCAUGACUCUAAGAGAAAUCAUAAAUCAUUUAGAAAAAUUAUACUGUCAAUCAUAUGGAAUUCAAUACACUCACAUACCUUCUAAGGAAAAAUGUGAAUGGUUAAGAGAUAGAAUCGAAGUUGAAAAUCCAUAUUCUUACAAUGUUGAUCAAAAGAGACAAAUUUUGGACAGACUUAUAUGGGCAACCUCAUUUGAAUCGUUUUUAUCUACUAAAUUCCCUAAUGACAAAAGAUUUGGUUUAGAAGGGUUAGAAGCCGUUGUUCCCGGUAUUAAAACUUUGAUCGAUCGUUCUGUAGAACUAGGUGUCGAAGAUGUCGUCUUAGGUAUGGCUCAUCGUGGCAGACUCAAUGUGCUAUCUAACGUUGUUCGUAAGCCAAAUGAAUCUAUCUUUGCUGAAUUUAAAGGAACUGGUACUACAGAUCAAGCAGAGGGUUCUGGUGACGUAAAAUACCAUUUAGGGAUGAAUUACCAGAGACCCACAACUUCUGGUAAAUACGUUAAUCUAUCCUUAGUCGCCAAUCCAUCUCACUUAGAAUCCCAAGACCCUGUUGUUCUUGGUAGAACCAGAGCUUUAUUACACGCCAAAAAUGAUUUGAAGAACAAGACUAAGGCUCUAGGUGUGUUAUUACAUGGUGACGCUGCUUUUGCAGGGCAGGGCGUUGUUUAUGAAACUAUGGGUUUCGUUAACUUAUCUGAAUACUCUACUGGUGGUACUAUUCAUAUCAUUACAAACAACCAAAUUGGGUUCACCACUGAUCCAAGAUUUGCCAGAUCCACUCCAUAUCCCUCUGAUUUAGCUAAAGCAAUUGACGCUCCAAUUUUCCACUGUAAUGCUAACGACGUCGAAGCUGUUACAUUUAUCUUUAAUUUGGCUGCUGAAUGGAGAAAUACAUUCCACACUGAUGCUAUUAUUGAUGUUGUUGGUUGGAGAAAACAUGGCCAUAAUGAAACUGAUCAGCCAGCAUUUACCCAACCAUUAAUGUACAAACAAAUUUCUAAACAAAAGUCUGUAAUUGAUGUAUACACUGAAAAAUUAGUUUCUGAUGGAACUUUCACCACACAGGACAUUGAAGAACAUAAGAAGUGGGUUUGGGGUUUGUUUGAGGAGGCCUUUGAAAAGUCGAAAGAUUAUGUUCCAACUCAAAGAGAAUGGUUAACUGCUGCAUGGGAAGGAUUUAAAUCUCCAAAGGAAUUAGCUACUGAGAUUUUACCUCAUGAACCAACUAAUGUUUCUACCGAUAUAUUACAACACAUCGGUAAAGUCAUUUCUUCCUGGCCGGAGGGAUUUGAAGUUCACAGAAACUUAAAGAGAAUCCUAAAUCAAAGGGGUAAAACAAUCAAACAGGGUGAAGGCAUUGAUUGGGCCACAGGUGAAGCUUUAGCCUAUGGCUCUCUAGUUCUUGAGGGUCAUAACGUAAGAGUCUCUGGUGAAGAUGUUGAAAGAGGUACCUUCUCUCAACGUCAUGCGGUCUUACAUGAUCAAAAAUCUGAGACCACAUAUACCCCACUAAAACAUUUAUCUGAAAAACAAGCUGAUUUUUCUAUUUGCAAUUCAUCCUUGUCUGAAUAUGCUGUAAUGGGUUUUGAAUAUGGUUAUUCUUUAACUUCACCAGACUAUUUAGUUGUUUGGGAAGCUCAAUUUGGUGAUUUUGCCAAUACUGCGCAAGUGAUUAUUGAUCAAUUCAUUGCAGGUGGUGAACAAAAAUGGAAACAACGUUCAGGCUUAGUCCUGUCUUUACCACAUGGUUAUGAUGGUCAAGGCCCUGAACAUUCUUCUGGUAGGUUGGAAAGAUUCUUACAAUUGGCUAACGAAGACCCAAGAUAUUUCCCAUCCCCUAAAAAGUUACAAAGACAACAUCAAGAUUGUAACUUCCAGGUUGCUUAUCCAACUACUCCAGCUAACUUAUUCCAUAUUAUCAGAAGACAACAACAUCGUCAAUUCCGUAAGCCAUUAGCAUUAUUCUUCUCAAAACAAUUAUUGCGUCACCCCCUAGCAAAAUCUCCAUUGAAUGAUUUUACUAAUGGUAAAUUCCAAUGGAUUAUUGAAGAUAUUGAACAUGGCAAGGCUAUUAGUACCAAGGAAGAGACAAAGAGGUUAGUUAUGCUAACAGGUCAAGUAUAUACAGCCUUGCAUAAGAGACGUGAAUACUUAAAAGAUAGAAAUACUGCCUUUUUAAAGAUCGAACAGCUUCACCCAUUCCCAUUCGAACAACUGCGUGACACCUUAAACUCUUAUCCACACCUAGAAGAUAUUAUUUGGUGUCAAGAAGAGCCAUUAAAUAUGGGUGCAUGGGCUUAUGUUCAACCAAGAUUGAAGACUACAUUAAAAGAAACUGAACAAUACAAGAAUCAUGAAGUUAGGUAUUGUGGUAGAAAUCCAAGUGGUGCUGUUGCAGCUGGUUCUAAAGGUCUACAUCUUGCUGAAGAAGAUCAAUUCUUGCGUGAUGUCUUCCAACAAGAAUUUAAUGAAUAA